AUGCGGCUGGCGGGAGCAUCGGCAGUCGCGGGGUCGCCUGCACGGGAGAUGCCGCAGUGCGGGGAGCCGCAGCAGGCCCUGUCGCCCCCGGCCUCGCAGCUGCCUCUGGUCACACCUUCGGGGCCGCCGCUCCCCGCUCCGGGCAGCGUGACCAUCAGCCGUCUUCCGGAGCCGCUGCUGCGGAGGCUUAGCGGGAGUUUGGACCGAGCGCCCGAGGGCCGGGGCUGGAGGAGGCUGGCCGAGGUGGCGGGGAGUCGGGGGCGCCUCCGGCUGAGUUGCCUGGACUUGGAGCAGUGCUCCCUUAAGGUCUUGGAGCCGGAAGGAAGCCCCAGCCUGUGUCUCCUGAGGCUCCUGGGUGAGAAGGGCUGCACCGUGGCGGAGCUGAGCGACUUCCUGCAGGCCCUGGAGCACACCGAGGCCCUCCAGCUUCUCAGCCCCCCAGGAAUAAAGAUCACCGUAAACCCCGAAUCAAAGGCAGUCUUGGCUGGACAGUUUGUGAAACUGUGUUGCCGGGCAACGGGACAUCCUUUUGUACAAUAUCAAUGGUUCAAAAUGAACAAAGAGAUUCCAAACGGAAAUGCAUCAGAACUUAUUUUUAACACAGUCCAUGUAAAAGAUGCAGGCUUUUAUGUCUGUCGAGUUAAUAACAACUGCACCUUUGAAUUCAGUCAGUGGUCACAGCUGGAUGUCUGUGAUGUCACAGAAUUAACAGAAAGCUUCCAGGGAAGUUCGGAUGGCACCUCUGAGGCCAAGUUGCAAAUAUGUGUUGAACCCAGGUCCCAAAAGCUGAUGCCAGGAAGCACGUUGGUCCUGCAGUGCGUGGCUGUUGGAAGCCCUAUUCCUCACUACCAGUGGUUCAAAAAUGAAUCACUGUUAACACACGAGACAAAAAAGACAUACAUGGUACCUUAUGUGGAUUUGGAGCAUCAAGGAACCUAUUGGUGUCGUGUAUAUAAUGAUCGAGACAGUCAAGAUAGCAAGAAGGUAGAAGUCAUCAUAGGAAGAACAGCUGAGGCAGUGGAGUGCACUGAAGAUGAAUUACAUCACCUUGGGCAUCCUGAUAAUAAAGAGCAAACAGCUGAGCAACCUUUGGCAAAGGACAAGGUUGCUCUUUUGAUAGGAAAUAUGAAUUACUGGGAGCACCCUAAGCUUAAAGCUCCUUUGGUGGACGUGUAUGAAUUGACCAACUUGUUAAGGCAGCUAGACUUUAAAGUCGUUUCCCUGUUGGAUCUGACUGAAUAUGAGAUGCGUAAUGCUGUGGAUGAAUUUUUACUACUUUUAGACAAAGGAGUAUACGGAUUAUUAUAUUAUGCGGGACAUGGUUAUGAAAACUUUGGGAACAGCUUUAUGGUCCCUGUUGAUGCUCCAAAUCCAUAUAGGUCUGAAAACUGUCUCUGUGUGCAGAAUAUACUGAAAUUGAUGCAAGAAAAAGAAACUGGACUCAAUGUGUUCUUGUUGGAUAUGUGUAGGAAAAGAAAUGACUACGAUGAUACCAUUCCAAUCUUGGAUGCACUGAAAGUCACCGCCAACAUUGUGUUUGGAUAUGCCACGUGUCAAGGAGCAGAAGCUUUUGAAAUCCAACAUUCUGGAUUGGCAAAUGGAAUCUUUAUGAAAUUUUUAAAAGAUAGAUUAUUAGAAGAGAAGAAAAUUACUGUGUUACUGGAUGAAGUUGCAGAAGAUAUGGGUAAAUGUCAUCUCACCAAAGGCAAGCAGGCUCUCGAGAUCCGAAGCAGUUUAUCUGAAAAGAGAGCCCUGACUGACCCCAUACAAGGAACGGCACACUCCGCAGAGUCGCUGGUGCGGAACCUGCAGUGGGCCAAGGCGCACGAACUUCCAGAGAGUAUGUGUCUUAAAUUUCAGUGUGGUGUUCAGAUUCAAUUAGGAUUUGCAGCUGAGUUUUCCAACGUCAUGAUAAUCUACACAAGUAUAGUUCACAGACCGCCUGAUAUAGUAAUGUGCGAUGCCUAUGUCACUGAUUUUCCACUUGACCUGGAUAUUGAUCCAAAAGAUGCAAAUAAAGGGACACCUGAAGAAACUGGCAGCUAUUUAGUAUCAAAGGAGCUCCCCAAGCAUUGCCUCUACACUAGACUCAGCUCACUGCAGAAAUUAAAGGAGCAACUAAUCUUCACAGUGUGUUUAUCAUAUCAGUACUCAGGAUUGGAAGAUACCAUAGAGGAAAAGCAGGAAGUGAAUGUUGGGAAACCUCUCAUUGCUAAACUAGACAUCCAUCGAGGUUUGGGAAGGAAGACUUGCUUUCAAACUUGUAUUAUGUGCAAUGGCCCUUACCAGAGCUCUACGUCCACCUCGGCCGGACAGUAUCAUUCUUCUCAAGACUCCUUCCUUGGUGUGUACCAUUCACAUGUUGGUAAUUCCAACAGCGUCCUGCCAUCGGAGAGUUGUCAUUGCAGCCGGACUGCGGAUGCAUUUAUUUCAAGUCAUCACACACACCAUUACUCGUGUCAGUUUGGUAGAAGUAACGUGCCAGUCGAGACAACUGAUGAAAUACCAUUCACCUUCUCUGAUGGGCUCAAGAUUUCUGAAAAGUGACCUCCUUGCUUUUGAAAGUUAUAAUUACAAGAUGCCUCAUAUGCAACAGUACUUAUGUAAAGUGAAGUACUAUGAAAAAGCACAUAUGCGUAUGUAGAGAAAAAAAACUACUAACAGCCAUUUCAUGGUGAGCUCAGGACAUUGAGAUGCUGGAAUUAUAUUAUUUAAUCACAAACUUCCUCAGCCUCCUUCCUCUGUUAAGGUUUUGGGAAUAGGCUGAUUGGUUCUGUAAGAGUGAGGUAUGGCUGUAUAUAUGUUCAUUUGUAUAUAAGAAAAAUAUUUUCAUUUUGACCACUCUUAAGUGAGAACAGUGGGAAUGGCAUUACUGUAGAAUAAAUCAUUGUAUUUUUAGAACCAGGAAAAGAAUCUUCACGAUCACCAGGCUUCACCAGAUUUUGUCAGGCAGAGGAACAAACUGAGGUAUCUUUGAAGUUGGAGUCGGUGCUGAAACCUCCAGGUGUCUGUUCCCAGGAUAUUCCACUACACUGCCUUCCUAACGGGUUCUGAGACAGGCAUUGUGUUUGUAGCUAGACUCAAAAAUAGCUAUGUAAAUGUACAUAUCUGUACAUAAACUAGAAAUGUACAAACUUUUGUUUUUGAUUAUAGGACUUUGAUGCCUGUGUCAGUUAAGAGGUUUGUAUAUAAACUUUAUGGAGAACAAGCUGAAAUGUUUCAGUCUAAGGUCAUGGAAGCAUAUGAGCAGUAAAAAUGUUUGUCUGUUAAAGCUGGACAGCAGGCUGAGAGGAUGAUAGUGCUACUGGCACAACCUUGGUGUCUGCCUGUCUGACUCUUACAAACAUCGGACAUGCCUUCCUUGAUAGCGUGUACUUCCUUAUUGAAUGUUACUCGCCUUAGGAGAUAAUCUUAUCGCCUUUGUUCUUAAACUUAUUCUACCCAAAAGCAAGUUUAAAAGGCAGCUGUCAAAAACAAAAAACUGAAUUCAUAACUUGAAAACAUUCCACAAAGAAAACCUCAGGCCCAGGUGGCUUCACUGCUGUAUUCUACCAAACAUUUAAAGGUCAACACCAAUCCUUUGCAAACAGUCCCCACAAACAGAAGACGAGAGAACACUUCCCAACACCUCUGCUGUGGCCGUGUUGCCCUGACACAGAACCAGACAAAGACAUCACAAGAAAACUACAGCCAAUGUCUAUUAUGAGUAUAGAUUUAAAAAUCAUCAAGAAAAUACCAGCAAGUUGAACCUAGCAACAUGUAAAAAAGCAUUAUACACCAUGACCAAGUGAGAUUUAUCGCAGGGAUGCACAAUCAGUUUAACAUCCAAAAAUCAGUGUAAUAUGCAAAUGAUUCUUAUUCACAGAUGUCAUAUUUUAUAAAGUCACCGGUAAUACUGAAUUAGAGAAUAUGGAUCCAUAGCCCCUGGGGGAAGUGCGCCCGAGCUGGAAUCCAUACCUGCCCAACUGGCCACAGGGCCAGAGCUGCUUGCACUACACUGCCUGACCCCUGCCUUCUCUGUCCUCUGGUCAUUGCUGUAGGAGAGCGGAAACAAGAAGGUGCUGGCUCAUUCGACCUGAGCUGAGAGCAUGCCCAUGAGGGAACUGAAAAUCCUCACUGGUCUGUGGAUGAUCAUCACAGUGCUGCAAGUAUUGACUUUGGGAUCUCAAAUUGGCAAAUUCACAAAAUGAGAAUCAUGAAUAAUGAGGAUUAACUGCACCGUGUUCAUAAAGGACAAAGUGACCACAUGAUCGUCUUGACAGGUGCAGAAAAAAAACAGUUGAUAAAAUUUAGCACUUUUUCAUGAUAAAAGUGCUCAAUGUACUGGGAAUUAAAGGGAAGUUCCUAAACAUAAUAAAAGACAUCUAUGAAGGACCCGCAGAUACAUCUGCAGACACCCAGACACAAAAAGAGAAGAGACCCCGGGACCAGCACGAGGCACCCACCCGCACCAUGACCAAGACCACCAAGACCCACGUUGCCUUGCUUGCCUGCAGCAGGUUCAGUCCCAUCACUAACGGGCACAUUCAGAUGUUUGAAAGAGCCAGAGGUUAUUUGCAAAAAAGUGGCAGGUUUAUUGUAAUUGGCAGGAUCGCCUCUCCUGUCCACAGCUCCUGUGGAAAACGGCAUGUGUUGAGCCUUCAUCAUCUCAUCAUGUGUCAGCUGGCCGUCGAGAAUUCCGAUUGGGGUCAGGGUGGACCCAUGGAGUGCUACCCGGCCAUCUGGCGGACGACCCGCAGUGUGCUGGGGCACCACCAGGACCUCAUGAGGCGGGUGACUGGCUGCAUCCUCUCCCGGGUCAACACACCCUUCAUGACGCCUGUGAUCGGACAGCCCCAAAAUGAGAACCCCCUGCCCAUGUACCAAAACAACAACAUGCCCGCCACGCCCACUGCAGCCAAGAUCUUGGGGAAGGUGGAAGGAAGUCGAAGCCGGAUCCGCUGUGUCCGCCGGCCGGUGGAGCACUUUGCCUCUGUGGGUGAGAAUGCCAGCCCGUGCUCGGCGAUCGGUAUGAGAUCAAGCUGCAGAUCUUGCUGCUGUGUGGCAGGGACCUGCUGGAGUCCUGCCUCCUGGGGCUCUGGAGUGCGGCAAAUAAGGAGGUGAUUGUUGGGGACUCUGGGAUCGUGGUGGUGCCCUGGGGCACAACUGACACAGACUGAAUCAUGAAUCACUCCUCAGUGCUCCGCAAAUACAAAAACAUCCUGGUGCUGAAGGAAGACAUCUCCACCCCGUGUCUGUUGGCAGCUCAACCAAGAGCAGGCUGGCCCUGCAGCAUGGGACGGCCACAUCAUGGAUUACCUGUCGCAGCCGGUCAUUGACUACAUUCUCAGGAGCCAGCUAUACAUCCACGCCUCGGGGUAGCGACCACACAGCC